AUGGAGUGGUCUGUGAUUGAUUCUGAAUUGUAUGAGACACGUAGGUCCUGUGUAGUGCAUUAUCGAGGGGGUGAGGGGGUCGGCGCGGUGGCGGCCACCUGUUCGGCGAGCGAGCUUCGCGUCGCCCCCACGGCCCGGCUCCCUGCCCCCCGCGCUGCGCCCCGCCGCAGCGGCACCCUCGGGCCUCGAUGCGCGCGCUUCGCCCUUCCCUCCACUCACUCGUUCCGCGACGCGUUGUCUCGCCGGCCGGCUUCUGCCUCAUUCGUCCGGGCUCACUCGUAUCGUGUACGCUCAUCGCUCCGCACAACAUAUUUCACUUCAUUCAAAAUGACAGAAAGCACGGACACCCCCGCGGCCGCAGCGCCAGAGAAGACUCCCACUGAAAACGGAUCGACCGAGACACCCGCGGAAGAAACGCCGGAGAAAGCCACAGAGGAGAAGGAAAAGGAGGUACCGCCGCCGAAGGAGAUGCGCGCUGUCGUCCUGACCGGCUUCGGUGGUCUCAAGACUGUCAAGAUCCUGAAGAAACCAGAACCCGCGGUGGCCGAGGGCGAGGUUCUCAUCCGUGUGAAAGCUUGUGGUCUGAACUUCCAAGAUCUGAUUGUCCGGCAGGGAGCCAUCGAUUCACCGCCCAAAACGCCAUUCAUCCUUGGCUUCGAGUGCGCUGGUGAGGUCGAACAAGUUGGUGAAGGCGUUACCAACUUUAAGGUUGGAGACCAGGUCGUAGCUCUGCCGGAGUACAGGGCCUGGGCAGAACUGGUCGCCGUCCCAGCUCAACUAGUGUACGCUUUGCCCGCGGGUAUGUCCGCUCUCGAUGCUGUUGCUAUCACUACCAACUACCUGGUGGCUUACCUGCUCCUCUUUGAGAUGGCGAACUUGACACCUGGCAAGAGUCUGCUGGUGCAUUCCGCUGGUGGCGGUGUGGGCCAAGCAGUAGCUCAGCUUGCCAAGACGGUUGACAAUGUGACGGUCUUCGGAGUCUGUUCCAAAACCAAGCACGAAGCUCUCAAAGCGAACAACAACAACAUCGACCACCUCCUGGAGCGUGGAAGCGACUACACCAGCGAAGUCAGGAAGAUUUGUCCUGAUGGCGUGGACAUCGUGUUGGAUUGCUUGUGCGGUGAGGAAUGUAACCGCGGCUACUCACUUCUGAAGCCCAUGGGAAGAUAUAUAUUGUAUGGUUCAUCUAACAUCGUGACCGGUGAGACGAAGAGCUUCUUCAGUGCUGCGCGUGCGUGGUGGCAAGUAGAUAAGGUGUCUCCCAUCAAGCUGUUCGACGAGAACAAGAGCCUGGCGGGUCUGAACCUGCGGCACCUGCUCUUCCAGAAUGGAAGAACGGACUAUGUCCGUCGUGCUGUUGACGCCGUGUUCUCGCUCUGGGGACAGGGAAAAGUGAAGCCAUUGGUUGACUCUACUUGGGCGUUAGAAGAUGUCGCUGAAGCCAUGCAGAAGAUGCACGACCGCAAGAACAUUGGAAAGCUCGUGCUCGAUCCUUCCUUAGAGCCCAAGCCGAAACCAGCCACGCCUGCCAAGGGCAAGUCGGGCAAGGAGAAGAAACCCGCCAAAGAGAGCUCCGAGGAGAAGAAGGAGAAGGAGACGAAAGAGGAGGAGAAGAAGCCAGCGGAGAACGGAGAAAAGAAUGGUGAGGAGGCGCUCACUAAUGGUAACAGUGACGAAGAGUCAAAGGAAAAGGAGAAAGAAUCUAGCUGA